AUUUAAAUUAUUGUAUUAAAUUUUGAUAAAAGUCAAAACAGAGAAGUGUGGCUUAACUUAUUACAGAAUGGACCAGUCUGAAAAAGACAUAAAAACAGAUGGAGGAGACGAGAAUGCACAAGAAAGUUCUCAUCAUAGCCUAAGCGACCAGGCUGAGAUCACUGAUGCAGCCAAUACUGAGGUUAGAGUGGAGCAAGGACAAGAUGAAGCACACGGGGCUGGGGACACUGUGGCCGAGACUAACGAGAAUGCAUCAGAGGAACAACCUCCAAACGAGGCUGUAUCAGAGGAACAACCUCCUACCGAGAAUGUAUCAGAAGAGCAGCCUCCUACCGAGAAUGCAUCAGAGGAACAACCUCCCAACGAGAAUGCAUCAGAGGAACAACCUCCUAACAAGAAUGCAUCAGAAGAGCAGCCUCCUACCGAGAAUGCAUCAGAGGAACAACCUCCUAACGAGAAUGUAUCAGAAGAACAACCUCCCAACGAAAAUGCAUCAGAGGAACAACCUCCUACCGAGAAUGCAUCAGAGGAACAACCUCCCAACGAAAAUGCAUCAGAAGAGCAGCCUCCUAACGAGAAUGCAUCAGAAGAGCAGCCUCCUAACGAGAAUGCAUCAGAGGAACAACCUCCCAACGAAAAUGCAUCAGAGGAGCAGCCCCCUAACGAGAAUGCAUCAGAAGAGCAGCCUCCUACCGAGAAUGCAUCAGAAGAGCAGCCUCCUAACGAGAAUGCAUCAGAGGAACAACCUCCCAACGAUAAUGUAUCGGAGGAGCAGCCACCUCCUGACAGUGAGACGACAACUAGUAAAGAGGAACAAGCUGUGACACAAAUUUCAGAGAAGAUUGUUGCUGAGUCAGCAGUGGAGGAGGCAGUAAACGACGAGGAGGAGACAGAACCAGAGCAAGUGUUUGAUUACAGCUACGACUCACUCAAGUCAGGCCCAGAGACUGUCAACCUCUCAACUGACAACAUGUUGGAACUAUUUCACUCUUUUGGCUACGAGUGUCAGAAGCGUUCCAACCUUGCCGUACUGAGCAAGGACACUGUGGCCUAUGCUGCUGGCAACAUGGUGAUGCUGUUGAACCUCUCCUCGCAAAAGCAAUCCUUCUUCAGGAGUUUGGGAGGUGGAGGAAUUGGAGCAAUAGCAGUUCAUCCCAGCACAGAGUACUUUGCUGUGGGGGAGAAAGGCACUCAACCAGUGAUAGCCAUCUACACGUACCCUCAACUCAAGCUGUACCGUGUCCUCAGAGGUGGUACUGAGGAGAUGUACAGUCACAUGGACUUCUCCCCUGGUAGUGGGAAGCUACUGGCCUCCAUUGGGGGCAACCCUGACUACAUGCUCACUGUGUGGGACUGGAAGAGAGAGCAUAUUGUACUGAGGAGCAAGGCCUUCUCCCAGGAUAUCUAUCGAGUCAGCUUCUCACCUGAGAACCCUGGUCAACUCACAACCUCUGGCACUGGUCACAUCAGGUUCUGGAAAAUGGCGACAACAUUUACUGGUCUCAAGUUGCAAGGUUACCUGGGCAAGUUUGGUCGUGUUGAGAUUUCAGACAUCUCAGCCUACGUGGAGCUCCCGGAUGGCAAGGUGUUGUCAGGCACUGAAUGGGGGAACCUGCUGCUCUGGGACGGUGGCUUCAUCAAGGUAGAGAUCAGCAGGAAGGGAAAGAAGUUCUGUCACAACGGCAUGAUUGAGACCAUCUACCUGGACGAGGGAGAGCUCAUAUCAGCAGGAGUGGAUGGCUUUGUUAGGGUAUGGGACUUUGAGAGUAUAGACAGUGCUGACAUUACUGAUGACAAUGCAGUGUUCGAGAUAGACCCUCUAGUGGAGAUCAAGGUGGGCCAUGAUGUGAGCAUCAAGAGCAUGGCUCGCAGUGUGGAUCCGAACACACCCACCCUCUGGUUUGCUCAAGAUGCUUGUGGAGCUAUCUGGAAGAUUGACACUGUUGUAUCUCACACUCGCAAGGCCCCUGAGAAGUUGAUUAGUUUCCACAGUGGCCCCAUCACUGGACUAGCCUGCUGCCCCAUUGCACACCAGGCAGCCACCAUUGCAGAGAAUGGGUCUGUUCGUGUGUAUGACCUUCCCUCGAAGGAGGUGCUGUGCCACAGUCAGUUCUCCUCCGGAGGCUCCAGUCUCCUCUGGGCCCCUCCCACUAUUGACCCCACUGCAACCACUCUCAUCACAGGCCAUCAGGACGGCGUCCUCAGAGUGCUGCAACUGGAGGAGAAGACUGGCCAGAGACACAGACGGGGACAGCGCUAUCAGCUCACUCUGCUGCAUGCCCUCAAGCCACACUCUCUGGCCAUCACUUGUCUUGCAGUCCACCCUCAGGGACAAAUCAUCGCCAGUGGAGGUAAGAACAGCACUGUGUUCUUCCUGAAUGCUGCUGACAACUAUGAGCCAAUCGGAUUUGUGUCGACUCCGUCACCCGUGGCAACCAUACAAUGGUCCUCUGGACAACAGGAGGCUGAUCGACCUUUGCACCUUCUGGUGUGCUGUGAAGAUGGUAGCAUGAUGGAGAUAGAGGCACCAAAGAAGGAGAAGUACGACACGUCCAAGUCCUACUACCUCGACCCUGUCAAGUACACAGCCAGGAGGUUCACCUCCAUCAAGGAUAGGCUCAGGGCUGAAGAAGAAGAGGUCAGACUGACUGCACGGAGAAUGGCCAAGCUACGAGAGAAGGAGGCUAAAAAGCAGAAACGACGUGAGCUUUUGGGAGAUGACUAUGUGUCCCAGGAUGAGGACGAGGCUGAUGAGGAGAGUGAAGGUUGUGAGGAUGUGGAGGGGGAGGAGGGAGCAGAGGGACAGCCCCCUACCAAGGAAGAGAAGGUCAAAGAACCUGGAACUAUACUCAGCUCAUUCUACAAUCAUGGAGACGAAAAUAACUUCUGGGUUUCCAUGAGUGGCCAUGAUGCUGGCUACCUGUACCAGUGCUCUCUGGAUGGUGCUACCUCAGUUGAUCCAGAGCCUUAUGAGUCAUCCCACACCCUACCAGUGCCCCCAGUGUGUGGGGAGGACACUCCACUACACUGUCUGACAUUUAGCUCGUCUGGUGAUUACCUGCUAACGGGAUCGUCCAAUGGGAUUGUCCGUAUCCAUCCUCUCUCCGCCCCCUACGCCCUGUCCACCCUGGAUUCCUAUUGGUCGCUGAGUAUGCAUGACAACCAUUACGGGUCCGUGUCACACCUAGCAACGACCUUUGAUGAUCGCUUCCUUGUGAGUGGUGGGGGUGAUGGGAAUGUGUUUGUGUACCAAGCCAACCUACCCACUGCUGAGCAGAGAGAGAGGAUCAAGGCACAGCGAGUCAAGAUUCCUGCUGAGUCUGGUAAGUCUGCCAACGACAUUGAGGACCCUGAGCACUACAGCAUAGAGGAUGCUAAACAGAAGGCUGAACAUGAUCGUAUGAUGAAGCUAGCCGAAGAGAAGAAGCAAACAGUUCGUAGACAGAUAGCCUCUCUAAGACGCACCUUUACCAAGCUACGACAGAGGGACAACGAGCUCCCUCAAGAGUUGAGACUAGACCAGAGGGAGUUUGUGAUGGACCCGCACAUGGAGGAACAGCUACGCCUAGAAACUCUGGAGAAGGCUGCUAUAGUGAGGAAAGAGAUGGCCUGGGAGAGUGAGAAGAUUGCUGUGUCUCUCAGGAAACUACAAAACAAAUACAAGGCCAACGUAGCAUGUGACCUCAUCACUGUCUGGACAUUCACUGAGGUUGAGAAAGUUACUUCAUUUCGCAGUGCCAGCCUUUCUGAUAUUUUUAUCAAACUCAUGGAUAAGAUUCUCGAGGCUGAGUCCACUUUAGUUACUCCCUGGGAAGGUUUAGGGGAGAAGGAUCGACGCAAGAGUCGUGUAAUGGGUGGAGCAGGGGACAAACACACGAGUGAGCUAUCCGUUGAUGGGAGGACCCUCAGCAAGCAAGAGGCCCGCAGGCUCAGUAAGCAAAUCAGGAAAAAAGAGUGGGAAGAGUUGCAACAGUCAAAACCAGACUCCAAGUUUGAUGACCCAGAGGAGGCUAACGCUCUCAAGGUGGCACAAUCUAAUGUGGGGGACUACAAACUCAAGACUUCCAGUGACUAUGUGGUCCCAGAGCAUCAGAGGGUCACCACUGAGUCUAAGAGGAAGCAGCUCCUCCUGCUCAGACAGCAGAUAUUUGAUGGGAAGAUGGCAUACAAUGACAAGCUGAUUUCACUCAGGGAUUGGAAGCUUCAAGUCAUUGACAAAAUCUCCAGCCUAGUGUCUGAGAUAGAGGCAAUCCAGUCCUCACUGCACAAGCACUUACACAAACCACUCCCUCCUGUCCCUGUCAUUAAACGAGAGGAGGUCCCAGAGAAACGUCUCGAGUACACUAAAGACAGUCUACUGGUAUUCAAGGAACAGCUAAAGGCCAAGGAAGAUGCUGAGAGACAGGCAGCUGCUACCGGGGCUGAUGGUGGAUUCUUUGGUGGGUUCGGUGGCGAGGGAAGUGAAGAUGGCAGUGGUGGUGAAGCUGUGGAGGAGGCAAAGGACGAAAGUGAUGAGUGCAGUGUGGAGCUGAGUCGGCCUGGAUCAACAUGUUCUGUGGAGGAGGAGACGCUCACACCAUUACAAGCUGUACUCAGGAAAGAACAACAGAUACGGUCUGUGUACAAGAGGGACUGUCUGCUGGCUAAAGUAGAGGCACUAAAGGAAGAGUUUGAUGAGGCACUGUUGCGGCUGCGUCACGAGAAGGCGGAGCUUGACAUCACCAUGGUAAGGGCAGACCUGAGGCACAUCACUCAGUUUGAGGAGUUGCAGCUGCUCAAAGAAUUCGAAAAGAAAGAGACGACUUUCACUAGCCGUUAUCGCAACAAGAAACGCGAGAGACAAGAAAUGGAAGAAAAGAUUGAGGAGUCCCAGUGGAGUGUGUCAGAGAGGGAGGAGAAGCUGGGACAGUUGGUAGAGCAGGAGAAGACUCUGGAGCAGUCCUUCUUAACAGCUGUGGGAGACAACAACAAGUUCAAGGAGUUUCUGCUCAAGGUGUUUCGUAAAAAGAUCAAACGUGCCAAAAAGAAAAUGGAGGUUGACAAAAAAGAAGACGACGAUGAUGAUGAGGAAAGUGAUGAGGAAUCCGACAGUGACUACAUCAGUUCAUCUGAUGACGAGAGUGACAUCGAGGGUGAAUUGGAUGACUCCAUUUGUCCCCCCGGCUGUGACCCCACCCUCUACGAGCAGGCCACUCAGUUACGAGAAAAUAGACUCGAUCUCGAGGAGGCUGUCAAUGACGAGAAGAGGUCCCUCGAAAUGGGUCGUAAAGAACUCGAAGGGAUGAAAAAGAAAGCCAAAACAAUGGAAACACACGUCAAGUCUGCUCUGAAUGAAUUGCGAGCAUUCCAGUUGAAGAAACAGCAGCGAUUGAAUGAGCUGGACCAAGUGGCGGUGCUGGCACUACAUCAGAUACUGUAUCACCAGCCGGAGGGGGAGCCCCCCUCGUCAAUAGCCUCUUGUCUUGUGUUCCCGGCCCCAACACUCUAUCACCUGAGCCGGAGGAUUGGCGAGCUGACCACGGAGAAGCAAGAGGAGAAGAGGAGAUACAAAGAGCUGAGGCAAAGACAUCUGAGGUUGUUGAGAGAGAAAAAAGAAAUGCUUUCCAAGAUUGCCAAACUUGAUGGGAAAGCGAAAGAGGCCAUGAUGCUCAAGUUUGGGCGCGUGGUGGAUCUUGACCGACUGGAGGGUCUCGGUGUCAACCACAUUGUCGAGGAGCUUAGAUCUAAACUGAGGGUUCUGGAGGAGAAAGCAGAACAUGAUUUGGCCACUCUCACUGGGAAGAUUGACUCUGAGAAGAAACGGCUAGCUCAGACAACGAGAGAAAACACUAAGAGACUAGACAGACAAAAUGAGCUGAUCAUUGCCCAACGGAGUCUAGAGGACCAACUCAACAGCAGGCAAAAGUCUAUGAGUAAGGAUGUUGCCGGGGGCGAUGGAGGUAUGGAGGCGGGUGAGGAAAGGGAGCGGCUGUUGGCACUAGUGAGAAUACAAGUAAGAGAGAUAGAAGCCAUACGAGAGGAGAUACAAGUACUACAGUUGAAGGGUGGGCGCAUUGCCCCACCCCCACAACCCCCACCACAGACUGUAUAGUUAGUCAUGUGACACUGAACUGGCUAGCUAGGCUACCCGAUCACUUGUAUGUAUAUAUAAGCUUGUGUUCUUAUUAUUGUACCUAUUAUUGUUAAUUAAUAACUGCUAUAAUGAUUCAUAAUUAUUUUGAGGCUACAUCAA